GUUCCACGUCGCUUUUCCUGCCCUAGCGGCAUCUCGAUCUUCUGCCAAGGUUUUCUCCCCCGACCAAGCCUGAUUCCAUCCAUAAUGCAAUGGCCAUUAACCCCCCGCCUUCCGGCUGUCGCUGGUGUGAAGCUUUUCUGGGAGCGUGUCACUUUCUCCCGGCUCACGAAGAUCUAUUUUGUUUUCUCCGUUCUUCAUUGCAUCGUCCAGGUCAUCUUCCAGGUGCAGGCGUUCGUCGCGAACGCUGAGGCUGCAACCUUCCUCUAUAGUCUCGUCCAGCAGGGAAACGCGACCGACCCAGGCUUCGCGGUCUACAACAAGGACCUACGCAUGUGCGACACGGUGCCGAGCACAGUCGACGCGAGCUCAUGUACGGUCGUUUGGGACGGGCGCACCAAGGCCAAUGUGACGCUCGACGUGAGCGGCGACAACUAUGCCGCGGCGAUGUCCUCUAUUGCCGAGGCCGCUACGUCUUCUUCUCUCAGCAGCGUCGCCACUUCUUCCGCUGCGUCUACGUCUGUUGCGGUGUCUUCGACCUCGUCCGCUCUUUCAACGACCUCUUCCGUCGCUACCCGCUCUUCAACUGCUGUCCUUUCCUCCUCGUCUGCCGUGUCCAAUUUCUCUGUCUCUACCCUCUCCCGCACUUCCUCGUCUGCUACUCGCUCCGCCACUAGCCUCUCAGUCAUCAGUCUCUCAACCACCGGCCUCUCGGCCACUGAGACCGCCACCCGCACCCUUACCGUUACACUCCGUGUCGCGGCUCCGACCGCGUCCACCGUGGCGCAGGAGAACUCAGCGACGGAGGAUGAUGACGAUGAUGAUGAUGAUUCGGAUGAUGAGAGCGACGAUGGAGAGGAUGAUGAUGAUUCCGACUCUGACUCUGAUGACGAAGAGGAGGAAGACGAGGCGAACCAAGUCUUCGAUAGUGCCAUCCCCAAGCUCAAAGCCGUGCUCUUCGCCGAGGACGUUCACGAUGAUAGCGACGCACAGGCGUUGCAUCGUCGGGCUCUCGACGUCACUCUCAGGGCGAUGCAGAUUCGGCUUGCGCUCAACGGGACUGCGAAGGUUAACCUGAAUGGCCUGAACGGCCUGAACGAGGUUGAGCUUCCGAGGAAGUGCUUGUACACGCUCAACUGGCCCGUCGACACCGUGGAGAACACGAAGCGGGAGGACAUCGCAUUCAUUGCCUUCCAAAUCUGGCUCCUCGGAAUGUCGCUCGUGGCGCUGCUGAACGAGUCUAUCCCGCACGUUGUCGCGUCCUUGCUGACCCACAUUCUCGCGACCGCAUGGGGAGGUUUCCAGAUUGUCAACACGGAAAUCUUCCACCGCAAGUUCACUGCUCUGACGACUCAGGGCGCAUGCGGCAUCAACCUACUCCCGGACUACUGGAGGACCCGUUCGAACGCGGAAAUCCCGAGCUUGGCGCUCAACUGCUUUGCUCUGCUCGUCUCUGGUUUCCUUAGCUGGCGUCUCAUGAAGUCGUUCGGCUGGCAGACGUUCAAGCGCGUCGGCGCGUCUCGUGUGAUCAACCGCGUAUACAACCUCGUCCUGAUGCUCUCGAUCUCAAUUCAGCUUUCGCUAUUCUUUGUCGGCGCGUCCGCGGCGCUCUGGGUUGACCAGGUGUACAACGGAAACAUUGGGCGCCUCACGAUGCAGCCGACGUUCUUCAAGGCGAUCAUGAUCACUGUCCUUGUCCUGCUCAUCCCCUGGCUUUCGAUGGGCUGGCUGUCCGUUCGGAAGGAGCUCAGGCUCCCGAUGGCCUUCUUCCUGGGUGUCGCUGUCUUUGUCCUCACCGGCUGGGCGUCGAUGUUCAUCGCGGCGACGUUCCGCUGGACGUAUGUCACCUGGCUGUUCUUCAGCCUGAUGACAACCGCCGCCGUGCUCCUCACCGUCGUCACGCUCGCUCUCGGCAUUGUGUGCCGUCUCAACUUCGGCAAGGGUCUCCCGCGCUACCUGAACGCGCAGGAGGAGCUCCCCGAUGACGACUACACUACGCCGGGCGAGAAGGGCGACACGGAGAAGGUCGCGUUCCCCUCCAACGACCUACCCAUCCCCACGUACUCCGUCGCGUUCGGUGGCAAUGGACAGGACGUGCCGCCUCCCUCGCAGAUGCGCUUUGCCCCGCGCCACAUGGGGCCGCGCUUCUACUCUGGGUCGACAGAUCCAUUCGAGACACCUACCGGAUCGGACGCAGCUACGGAGCGCUCAGCGUCGCCCACGCUAUACCGCCAGAGCAGCCGAAGCAGCCAGCACAGCCAGUCGUCCAUCCAGAGCUCAAGCUCGCAGAAGAGCAAGACACGCUGGGUGAUCGAGUGAGCUUAACGCUGCACAGACCUGCCGAUCGCAAUGUAGCCCCCCACCCUUUACACAUUCAUCAGCCUUGAUUUCGGCCUCCGCACUUUAUAUUCAAAUUCUGCCACCGUGCUUUCUUGGUGUUUGUA